UUAAGUUGACUUUCAUUUUUGUACUGAAAUUAUGAAUGUAAUAUUGGGUGUAUUUUUACAUGUCAAAGGGGAUAUUAUCUUUCACUUCCUGCUUACAUGAAGUUGAGGAAGGCAAAUCUUUGCAGGUCCAUGCAAACAUUUAUGGUACACUGUCAGCUUGCAAUUCCAUCAGAAGUCUGACUUAUAGGAUGGAGAGAACCUGAUCUUGUCACAGUCAUUAACUACAGAUCUACAAACAGAUGAGAUUACUAAAUAGUGAUUAGCUUUAAAGAGUUGCAAUGGAAUCCUGUCUUUGGACUUUUUUAAUCUAAUCGUUAAAAAUACUUUAGUGCAAAAGUUGUACUCAUACAUACCAGUUAUUGAGAGAUUCUAUUGAGCUCAAGUAACUAAUGGAGAAUCCUACUAAGCUUAAAUUGAUCACUUUUUAUGAUUUGAUUCAGUUUAACACUUUUGGAUAGAAUCAAUCUAUGAAUGUUUAAAUUCAAUUAAUAAAAAAUAACCUUGGAGCAUUUGAAAUUGCAAACAAAAAAAAAUGCUUUAUGCAGUGACCAAAAUAAGUGUUAAGAAUUUUGUCAUCUUGAUUACUUUUCAACAGCAAUUGUGACCUGAACUGUUGAGUCCUGCUCACAUCCAGUGCUAUUUAUUUUCGUUUGUGCUUCUGACCUGAGGCCGCGUUUGUGUGUGUUUCUGCGGGGGAGGAAAACAAACAGCUACACAUAUUUCGAUAUUGUCUGUAGUUUGCUACUUUGCUUGCUCUGACGUCUCACGUUUCUUAAACUUCAUAGAAUGCAUCCCCUUCCAGAAAUGAAUGCUGUCAGUGGAUCAAGAUUAAAUUAAUGAGCAAACGUUAUCGUGCAAAGUAAUUUGUUCUUUUAUUUUAGAAAGGGGUGGGAAUCUGCGGCGUGUUGAAAUGGGCGAUCUUCUCAUUUUGUGAAGAAGGGUAAGGUAGAUGUGCAGCAUUCCCUGGGGCACCAAAACUCAUUGUGCAAUUGAACAGAUACCUGAAUCAAUAUCCUAUCUCUUCUGUGGUACAUCAUUGGUCAGUCAUGAUGAGAGUUGACAGAGAAUGGGAAGUCAGGUGCGAGACAAAAGCUUCAGACAAAGACAGAAUGGGGUAUUGUUGAAGGAGGGGCAGGGAACCUUUAUUCCGAGUUGCAGUGGGUGGGUCGGACUGCUUUGUGAGCUGGGUGUGUUUGGGGAAGGAGGACAGCAGCCAGAUGUAUCUGUUAGAUGGUGCCGCUGGUGCGGGGAAGAUGAACAGCUUGAUGUCGCGGUUUAACUCGCUGCUGGCCUUCACGGUGACAGUGUUGGCGGCGCUGACCUUCCUGGUGUUCCUGAGUACAAUAUUCCAGCAACCCCGGGUACCCGUCAGCAUCCGUGUGAGCGGCAUCUCUCUAAAAAUAUAUGAAGACUACACUGGAAACCAUGAUUUAGGAUCCAUAAAUUUUAGCAUUUUUGUUGAUCUCGGACCAGUAUUCAACUGGAAUGUUAAGCAGCUUUUCCUAUAUCUAACUGCAGAAUAUGCUACAGCAAAGAAUAAAUUGAAUCAAGUGGUUCUAUGGGAUAAAAUUCUUCAGCGAGGAGUGAACACUAGACUUAAUCUUCAGAAUAUGAGCCCUAAAUAUUUAUUGUUGGAUGAUGGAAAUGGCCUGAUAGGAAAUAACGUCUCAUUAUCUCUUUCAUGGAAUAUUGUUCCAAAUGCUGGAAUCUUGUAUCUGAUACCUGCUUCUGGACACAAAGUAAUACCAUUACCUGAAAAAUAUGAAAAUAUCAGAAGUUGUUGAUAAAAAAAGGGUUGGUUACAGGUAUGAACCAUGAGACAUGACAAAAUUUGGAAAACUACCUAAUUACAAUGUCUAAACUUUUUGUAAUUUAACUAAACAAUGCAAAAUGUUUUUAAUAAAAGACUGCUGAAGAAAAUGCACCUCUGUUUUUGCUUAGACUAUU